AAGCUUUAUGCUCAAUCGAACAGAUAAGAGCUCAUAGUUCAGACGAACAAAUUAAAGUAUGGAAGGUGCUUCUAGAAAAGAUAUUAUUUCAGAUUAAAAAUCCAGAAAGGAAUUAGGAGUUCCUUAGGAGGAUGAUAGAAAAAUGAUUGGAUCAAAAGAAAGUGAAAAAAGAUCUCAAAUUAAAAUUGGAAGUCAUUAAUAAUCAAGAAAGACUCUUAGAGGAUAGGAUGAAGAAGAAAAAGGAGCAAAAGUUAUAGGAGAAGGUAGAUUAGAUGAAUAUGGAGAAGAAGAAGAGGAUAUUGUUUGUUUAAGGUUUCCUCAUUUAUCAUUUUGUCCUUAUAAUUAUCAAUCUCAAUUAAAAGAGACUUUAUUUGUUGAAAUUUAACCUGGAAUUUAUCUUUGUGGAUUUGCAAUGGGUUUAUGGACAAAAUUUUUAUUAUAAAAAGCAGUAACAAAUGUAUUGAAUUUAACCUCGAUGGAAUAUACAAAAAGAACUAAAUAUUUUAAAUAUUUAAACAUUGAUGUUCACAAUACUUCUGAUGAGGAUAUUAAAAAACACUUUAGAAUAAGUAAUAGAUUCAUUAGAGAAGUAGAAUAUUUUAAUAAAUUAUUAUAUAGACAUUACUAUAAAAAGGGAAAGUGCUUAUUCAUUGUAGAGAUGGACUUAAUAUUGGUCCAUGCUUUAUCUUAGCUUAUUUGAUAAAUGAGAUAAAAGUACCUUUGAAAUUAGGUAUUGAAAUGUUACAGAGUCUAAUACCCCAAUUAGAUAUUGCUGUUCAUUUCUAUAAACAAUUAGAAUAAUAUGAUUUAGAGAAGUUGGCUCUAUUAUAAAUAAAAACUAAAGAUUCAUGA